UACCAAUUCAUCGUGAUUUGACAAUGUUGGUAUGGCAACAUAGCUAAUUAUUCCAUGUGGUUGAUCAAAGAAAGCUAGCUAGCUAGCUACGUACAAGAAGAAAUAUGAAGAGGUGGGAAAAGCACAGAGAAAAGAACCGUCUGUCAUCCUUGAAGGAGAAAGCAAUCACUCAAAAUGACAAAGUGGCAACCAAUAAAGUUCCACUGGAGUUGUUAGCCCGUGACUGGUUGAAUGAACUACAAACAACGUCUGAGCUGAGAGUCUACCUAGUGAAAAACCUCCUACCAUCACUAGUGGUGGGUCUAGAGAAACUCUUGACUGAAGUUAGUCACCGAGGGUACGUGGAUGACAACGGGGAGAACCCUGACUUCAACCCCAUUAAUUACCUCGGUCAGCACCUCAUGCGAAACAACCCCAAGUACAGUAACUUUGCCGAGGCCCAUCCCUACUGUAGAGCCAUGCAGGAAGUGACGGAAGAGCUCAAGAAGAUGGGGUACUCUAUCGAUGUGGAGCAUACGAUGCGUCUUAAAACGGACAUCAAGACACGACGAAUGGAGAGGGAGAGAGCAGAGUUGGCAUGUGCCCUAGAGGUCCAGAGGAAGAAGGAGCUAUUGAGUGGUGCUUGCAGCAAGUGGGUACUACCAGGGAACGAUGAGCUCAUCACAGCUGAGGUUCAACUGGCCCUUACCUCCUGGCUGGAUCUGACCUCCACUCACCCAAUGGCAUCCACACUCACUGCCAAUUUCUCCGAACCCUUACCCACUGGAAUGAUCAGUGAGGCUAGUCUGGUGUCCAGGCUGUUGGAGGCUACAGUCGAUAUACCUGAUGACUUGCUUGACUCCCUGGCUGACCACCUGACUGUGUGUGGGACAGAACACAGGAGAAGACUCCACAGGGAACAGAGACGAUCACUUAUUGCUGGCAUUUUUGACUCCUGUGACCCUGACAAGACUGGUUUUGUGGAACGUCUAAGAGUGCUCCACUUGUUCAGCUGCUUGUAUGACUCUGCCUCGAGUGAUGUGCUGGACAAGCUCCAUAACCCAAGAAAAUGGCCUAUUGUUGAGGUGGUGGAUGCUGAGGAUGAUGAAGAGAGGCACAGCACUAGUGUGGUAGCAUCCUCCCUCUCUAAGCAAGACUACAAGGAGUUCCUCGCUGGACAACUACCAACAGUCACAGAGCAAGAAUCCUCUGACAAUGUUCAAAACGACACUCUUGAGAAAUCGCAAGAUACCAAGGGGACUGAUCAACAGGGCACACUGGAUGAGUCAAUCCCAGAAGGAGAGGACCCACCAGCUGUUGAUCCUGAAGCAGCUAGCUCACCACAGGAGUCUACAGAAGUAGAGACAACGCAAGAGGCAACAGAAUCUGUGACAAAAGAGACAAAUGAUGUACCAACUGAUGAGACAAGCAAUGUACCAGCUGAUGAGACAAGCAAUGUACCAGCUGAUAAAGCAAGCAAUGUACCAGCUGAGGCUGAGGAAACAAGCAAUGUACCCGCUGAUGAGACAAGCAAUGUACCAGCUGAUGAGACAAGCAAUGUACCAGCUGAUGAGACAAACGAUGCACCAGCUAAUGAGACAAGCAAUGUACCAGCUGAGGAAACAAGCAAUGUACCAGCUGAGGAAACAAGCAAUGUACCAGCUGAUGAGACAAACGAUAUACCAGCUGAUGAGACAAACGAUGCACCAGCUGAUGAGACAAGCAAUGUACCAGCUGAUAAAGCAAGCAAUGUACCAACUGAGACUGAGGAAACAAGCAAUGUACCAGCUGAUGAGACAAGCAAUGUACCAGCUGAUGAUGGUGGGCCUCAAGAGAGUGAGAUGUUGGGAGCAGAGGUUAGUCCCGGGGCAGGAGAUAGUGAUGGUGGGUCCACAGUAGAGGUGUCUACAGAUAUUAAGGAAGGAGUGGUCCCAUUGAAGUCCCAUGCUGGGUCAGUAUUUGAGAGGAGGUUGGCUACUGCCAGUGCAUAUGGACGAUCUGCAUCUAUCUCUGCCAUGAGAAGAUUGUCUGGAAUGUCCAGAAGACCUGUGAGCCCCUCUGGCCCAGGUGGUUCGUGGGACCACUUUCUACUCAACCGCUCUCAAUUUGUGCAGCUAGUGGAGCUGUUUCUGGUCACACCUCCUCUGGACUCAACCGUUGAUACCGUCUCCAGCUUCAUGCAAGAUAACUACAAAGAGACUGCUCAGGAAAGGUCUGAGCGUCUGGAGCUAGCGCAGCAGCAAAAGUUCAUCCUCACUCGUAGAAAGAGAGCACACUCGCUGUUUGAGGUAUGGGAUCACGAUCGCUCUGGUUACCUUGAGUUGGAUGAGCUCCAGUUAGUAUUGAGUCGCUGGAAGGGCUUCAGCAGCGAGGAAGCUCAGAAACAUGCUAAAGAGAUCCUACUGUCCCAAGGUGCCCCUCGUCUCUCUAGAGAGGCCUUCCAGCUCUACAUACAGGGACUGACUGAGGACAUGACUCUGAGCAAGUUUGAGGAGUUUGCUGACUACCUCCUCGCUAGUGUCAAGUUGACAUUUGAUGAGAUUCGCCGAGGAGAGCUGAGGAAGGGUCUACUGGACAGGAUAGCACUGACUGGUAAGAGCAGUGGACUGCAGUUCUCUAGGGCUAUGAAGAUGGCCAUUGAGGCAAUACACAAGGACAACGCUGAGUUUGGAGGUGGGAAGCGCUGCUCGGCUGCAAUGGCCUUGUUAGAUCUCUCCAGCCCCACCCCCUGCCUCAUUUUCAAAGCAGCGUCCAAUGAGAUUGCCUCUAGAGUGGUGGGCCAAAAGCUCCUCAGGUCACUCAAACAAGGAGUUAGUUUUAAGGCAGUUGAUUCUGCCAGACCUGUCUUUGUGCAGAACAUACGCAGACAUGGUGGAGUAUACUUCCUCAUCAAGGACCACAACCAAGAAGAGUACAAUGGGUCUCUGGUGGUGUCCCCGAUAGUGACCCCUCGUGACAGUGUGGUGGGGACUAUCUCAGUGGACACUCUCAAGGAACAGACUGAGGAUGGUUGCCAGGACAACACCUUCCUCACUCAUGAGAUCAACUUCUAUCAGGGAGUAGGUGUGUGUCUGGGUGGGGUCCAUCACUGGAUAGAAGCGCGUCGAAAGCUCGUUGUGGUCUCUCAGUCUGCCCUGAGUUGGGUCCAUCGUCGUUGCCCCCAACUCUCCCAGUCAGCACUAUAUAUUGUGGAGCCCUCGACAGACACGCCCAUUAGGAACCCUUACACCCUACGCUGUAUGCUGACCACCUCCGGCCCUAACAAACAAACGGCAACCAGGAAAUUACUGAUCCGAGAAUACGAUGUAUUUCGUGACUACCUAUUCCAAUGUGUGGAUAAUUCCGAGCCGGUACAAGGUAGUGCUUACGGCCAACACCAUCUUGCUUAUCCUAUUCGAGACAGUACUGGAUGUGCCGUGGCUGUUUUGGACUUGUACAUGCCACCGACACAAGAGCUAAAGCCAUCUCAAACAAAGGAGGUCACUAAAGUACUCAAGCUACUAACGUUAGCAUACUAUGAGCUGAGCCGUAUCCCAGAGCGACCAACCACCACUGCUGAAUCUAGCGGAUCUACAACGACCCAGAGCUCAGAUAGACUGGCAGACGGUGAUGUCUCUGUGUUCUUUGAUCAACUCUUGCUCAGUGACCUCCAACAGAGUGUCUCUAAACUAGACAACAAGAUCUUUGCUGAGCUGCGCAGCUACAAAGACCCUCCUGGCACCAUCCUGGGCACAGUGCAGGCCCUCCUCUGUAUACUCUACCCUCUUGUGGAGUUUGACUCGUGGACCAAGUGCAAACAGUACAUCACCGUGUCACUGAUGAGAGACCUCCAGAACUUUGACCCAUUGACCCUUGAGGACAAACAGCACAUGAAACUGGAUCAAAUCAGACAAAUUGUCUCAGAUAUUGGAUCAAUUGAAGAGCAAGGUUCAAGGCCUGCCAAGUACAUAUACAGCUGGGUGGAUGUGUGUCUGUCCCUGUUGGAACAUGCUGCCAACAAGCACUCCAUCACCCUCACUACUGGACCACCCUCCCCUCCGCCAGCUAGCACCACCAUUGAGGGAACAUAGCAAGACUGACGACUAAACACUUACAGUAGAGUAAAGCCACUUGCAGCAGCUAUUAUUAUAAUUAAUGUCUCUUCUACUGUACUUAUAAUUAUAUCAUUCCAUAAUUACUAUUUUUACUUUCUUUAUGCAAUAUCCAUCACUUCGAUUAUUAAAUAUUAAUUUUGCCAUAA